CUUGUAGUACUACACCAUCAUUCUUAUCUCUCACUUCUUUUCUAUAUUUCCUUUUUUUUAUGUUCCUACAGUAACAACAGAAGCAGACUCUUUCUCCCACAUAGUAACAUUCAGUUUCUGUUAGUAGUUUUAGAAUCAAGUGUAAGGAAGGAAAAAAGGAUGGAUUAUAACUGGCGAGGGCAUAACGGUAAUUUCUGCCUCAACCAUGCAUGGGAGGACUACUUGAAGCUUGGAAAGAGGCAUUAUUUGGGGGACGUGUCUCCUCCGCCUCCGACGAAGAGAGGUAAGGCCGGCGGAGGAGGAGUGGCGGCGCGGUGCCAGGUGGAGGGGUGCGAGGCGCCUUUGGCGAAUGCCAAAGACUACCACAAGAGGCACAAGGUGUGCGAGAUGCACGCCAAGGCCCCCAAAGUCGUGCUUCUUGGAAUCGACCAACGCUUCUGCCAACAAUGCAGCAGGUUUCAUGCGAUGGCGGAGUUCGAUGAGGCGAAGAGGAGUUGCCGAAGGAGGCUGGCUGGCCACAAUGAGAGAAGAAGAAAGAGCUCGCAAGAGCAUACCUCUCUUGCUAGGAGACAAUAUCAAGAUGGUGGGUGCGGGCAGAUACCCACAUCCACACAUAGUCAACAACACUGGGUGUGUUCUCUCUCUUCUGUCACCGGCUAGGUACGCCUCGCGGAGUGCCUUGCCGGCACCAGAUCUCCCGGCGAUGUGCAGCGCCGCACUGUGCGAGCUCAUCGCCGAGAAUCGGGCCUGCAGGCAGCUCGAUGCCACCCAAGUUGGCAACGACUGCAAGACAGGGCCGGGAUGGGUCGCACCAGAACACCGGGCCCAUGUCACGUUGAAUCUCAUGCGUGGUCCGGACCCCGCUUUCGGGAUAAUUUCGGACCAUGGUCACCGGGCAGCGGAAGAUGGAGAUUGCUCUGACCUGUGGAAGCUGCCUUUGGGGUACUAAGAUGUGCAAUGUUUGUUUUUUUGAAAUCUCAUUUUUUGUUAUGAUUUUGUUGUUUGUAAAUGUUGGUUUAUUAAUGAAUUUUUGUUAUAUGAUUGGAUUUAUUA